AUGGGCUUCGGAGGUUCCUUCACGUUCAGGAACCUCCGUACCUCCAUGGUGCACCACACCAAGAACCUCAGCCCCAGAAAGAGGCUCGCGGUGCACCGGGCAAUGUGCCACUCAGAAUCGGUGGCGGCUAAGUUUUACGUGCCCCUGAAUAGCGUCGGGGAGGCCGCGGAGGUGCGCAGAAUUCAGGAGGAGGCAGCAGCGGGCGACGUACGGGAAACUCCCCGCCGCAGAACCCGUCGCCAACGGUCCACGAUCAGCCCCGAGGACUCCGGAGAGGAGGAGGAGGAGGUCGAGGUGUGCGGUUCGACUCCCGAACGGCCACGGGGGCAGAGGGCCAAGCGCUCCAGGAUCCUCCGGCUGCGGGAGUCCUCAGAUUCUGACGAGCCCAGGUCCGUGUGCGUGCAGACGGAGAGGAGUAAUCCAUCGGGUUACGCGGUGUUGGGGCUCGGGCCCUCUCCAGACCACUCAUACUGUGGCACCCCGGUCAAGGUGGAGGAGGAGGUGAUGGACGCCAUCGUCCGUUCGGGGCAUCCCCGCGUCUACCUGAGGACGAUUCCUUUGUGUUCGAGCUCCUCCGACGAUGAGAUUGUGGUGGAGGAGAUGCCCCUCGACCCCAGCGCCACGUUCUAGGUGAACGCGUGGAAAGUCGUCCGACCUCUCUCUUUCUCUCUUCGGACCCCGCGAACACGUUCGGUUCUGGGGCAGUUAUUUUUCCAAGUUCACCAACACUUGUACACGGUGACAGUUAUGUCCUUUGUCAUUGCUCGUGAAUGGUUUGUUUUGACGUGGUGUUCUUUCCCUCUCUUGUCACUGUUUGUAAAUAGUUACAUUGUUUGUGAACGGUUGCCUUCUUGGGUUUUGCGUGUCGGGUUCUGUCAUUAAAGUUUCUGUUUGCCAUCACCACGGGUGUCUCUCUCUCUCUCUCUCUCUCUCUCUCUCUCUCUCUCUCUCUCAUCAACCCCCCACCUCUCCGGUGCCACGGGGAUCUGUACCCUACACAUAAGCACAACUCCGUCCGAUCGUCAAACGGUCCGGUCGAAAGGCGCGUCCCGGCCCGGGCGUCGCCGUGCCGGAGUCCCGCGGCUCUCCCGGGUCCCCGGUCCCUGUAAAUGGAGAAAAACCACUUUGGGUAUCCGGGACGCUUCCGCGAGAUUUCCCCUAACCACCGAGAGGCGGUUCGACCCUAGGGUCAAACGCUUUGGUCAAAAGGCGUGUCCCGGCCCGGGCGUCGCCGUGCCAGAGUCCCGCGGCUCUCCCGGGUCCCCGGUCCCUGUAAAUGGAGAAAAACCACUUUGGGUAUCCGGGACGCUUCCGCGAGAUUUCCCCUAACCACCUACAGGGGUCAGUGGUAGCCUAGUGGGUAGAGCUUUGGGCUAUCGACCGUAAGAUUGGCGGUUCAAAUCCCGGCUCUGCUACGUAGCCACUGUCGGGUCCUCGAGCGAGGCCCUUAACCCCGUCUGCUCCAGGGGCGCCCGUAAGUCGGCUGACCCUGCGCUCUGACCCCAGCUUCCGACACCAGCUGGGAUAUGCGAAAAGAAAGAAUUUCAUUGUACUGUACAUCUGUCUAUGUAUAUAUAUAUAUAUAUGACAA